AUGCUACUGAAAGAUGAUAAAAAGGUUUCAUGCUAUACUUGCUUUCAUUCUCUUGAAUUGGACCAUAUAGGCAUAAAAUGUCCUCAAGACCAUAGCCUCUGCUCUGAUUGCUCCAAAAAAUUUGUUGAAAAUAUAUUGAAGAAUACCAGCAAAGCUCUCACCAAAAUGUUCUAUAUGCAAUCUUGAAAUUCCAGUCUUAGUUUUUGAGCGUCAUCUUAA